AUGGACGUCUUUGUUAUUGGACACGACAUGAACAUCACCUUCACAAGAGAAGAUCCAGGAGAGAUGGUUUCCGAGGUAAUCACUUGGUUUCUUUCUUCGUUGGUGUUCUGUUGUCCGAGAAAGUUAAUCGCUCCGAGAAAUGGAACGCGAUUUGAAGAACUGCCAAAUGAGAUUCUUCUCAAAAUUGUGGGAUAUUGUGACUUCGCAUCAAAAAUGAACAUGCGAGCGGUCAGUUAUCGUUUCUGUGCGUUGGUAGAAAAGAGUGCACAUGCAGUUCGACACAACCUUAUCGGUGGAGUUGAAAUCAGGCGAGGUGAUGGGGACGGUAACGAUAUCUUCGAUCUAGAACCGACUCCAAGUGAGCUUGCGGCCGGACUGCCGAGAGUUUGGCACGAGGUUUUACGUGUGACUCCUACUCACGCGCUAGAGCGCUCAGCUGAAAGUCGGCAUGUGUGCGUCUGCCAUUCAUUCAAGCUUUGUGGAAUUCCAUUAGAUGAGGGCUUGGCUUCAAAUAUUCUUGAUGCCUCGUUCAGAGCUGUUAACGACGUAGUCAUUGAUAGGGUGCACACUGUUACAGCCGAAACACUUGUCAAACUAGUAGACAAG